CAAGAUCCUCUCAUCAGCUUUUGACGCCAUGCCGGGAAGGGAUUGGGAUCAUGUGUCUUUCGCCCAAAAGGUGGCCCAGUACAAGGCCAGCAAGGACUACAAGAGCCUGAAGGCGCUCCUGGCUCAGGUGGCUGAGGACAACUACGAGCGCCGGGAAAUCUUCGGGCGCAUCCCACGGACUGUCCCUGUGAGUCAUGACGAGUGCAAGAGGGUCAAGCGCGGCGACUCAGUGCCUGUCAUCUCGUUCUCGAAGAUGGACACGGCGGAGGCGUGUAUGAUGCUGGCCCGCGAGAGGGGCAAUUGGGUGUGCGCCCUGAACUUCGCCAACGGCAAAGAUGUGGGUGGCGGCUACAAGCAUGGCGCCUCAGCGCAGGAAGAGGAUCUUUGCAGGCGUAUGCCAUUGCUCUACUCCUCGCUGAUCAAUGCGCAGAAGAGCGGCCUCUACCCCUUCGGACCUCCCACCUGCAAAUCGCCGGACAAGCCCGAGAAAUUCUGCGAUGUCCUCUACACCUCCAGCUUGGUGAUCGGCCGUGGUGGUUUGGAGGAUGGGUUCAGAAUCCUGGGUCGGGAUGAGCAGGUCACUGUGUCCAUGGUGGCUGCCGCUGCUCCCAACAUCAAGUUCGACAAAGAUGUGAAUGACGAGAAGCUUGUGUACAGGACCAUGGAGACCAUUUUCAUGGCGCCCCAUGUGGCUGAAAAAGGCAUCACCACGCUGGUCCUGGGCGCCUGGGGCUGCGGUGCCUUCGGUGGGGACCCAGUCCAGAUUGCCGGCCUCUUCGUGCAAGCCCUGCUGAAAGAUGGCUUGGGCCAGGGAUACAAGGAGAUUCACUUCGCGAUUCCCCAAUUCAGUCCCGAUGACCAGAACUACGACAUGUUCCGUGAAGUGUUCAAGCGCAGCAUCCCAGAUGUUAAGGACUACGACAGCUGAUGACACUCCGUCUUCGCAUGACGCUAUUAAAUUAUGCGAGCAAUGUCAUCCUCCGGCUGGUCCAGAGGACGGUAC